CCAGGCUUCUGUUUUUCUUCUAUGCGUAUGUUGCAUAUCCAAGUAUGGGAUCCAAGUCACCUGAAGGUCAUCGCGACACCUUACAUGGAUCUGGUGGUACCACUUCCAUCUUCGCCAGCAAUCCUCCUAAGCCAGACGCAGCGAGCGGACUCCUCCACGGCAAACUUGAGGGACAAGACAACGACGACGAUGACGAAGAUAGUAACAAGGGGACGGGGUCCGACAUAGAGUCAGGUAUCACGCCUCUCGAGUCUGGAGGUCAGAAGAAAAAAAGAAGAAACAAUCGAGGGAGGAAAAAGAAGAAGGCUGUGAUUGGCCAGCAAACAUACCCUCCAAGAAUCGCUCUCGCCAACAUAUUCGCCAACAAGCCCUACCCGGAAGGCCAAAUCGUCGAUUACGUCCAAGAUGAGAAUCUCCAACGAACGACUGCUGAAGAACUUCGUCACCAGGCUGCAUUGGGUAACAUGGACGACGACUUCCUCAAAGACUACCGCGAAGCAGCCGAAGUACACAGACAGGUUCGCAAACAUGCGCAGGACAUUGCCAAGCCUGGCAUAUCAAUGAGCGAUCUGGCCCAGAACAUCGAGGAUGGAGUAAGAUCCUUGACCGGUCAUCAGGGUAUUGAAGCUGGAGAUGCUCUCAAAGCGGGGCUGGCGUUCCCAACUGGCCUGUGUUUAAAUCACGUAGGCGCACACUGGACUCCGAAUCCCGGGGGCAAGGAGGUCAUUCUUCAAUAUGAUGAUGUUCUCAAGGUUGAUUUCGGUGUUCAUGUCAAUGGCAGAAUCGUGGACAGCGCUUUUACAGUCGCUAGUAAUCCCAUCUACGAUAACCUGCUCGAGUCUGUGAGGGCUGCCACGAAUACCGGUCUUAGGGAAGCAGGUAUCGACGCUCGUAUCGACCACAUCAGUGGAGCAAUCCAAGAGGUGAUGGAAAGCUAUGAGGUCGAGAUCAACAAGAAGGUGAUUCCCGUCAAAGCCGUCAAGAAUAUAACUGGACACAACAUCCUGCGCUACAAGAUUCAUGGCGACAAGCAAGUACCUUUCGUGAAAAGCAAAACCACUCAGCGCAUGGAAGAAGGCGACAUUUUCGCCAUCGAAACCUUCGGCAGUACUGGAAGAGCUUACUUGAGAGACGACAUCGGAGUCUAUGGCUAUGGUCGCAAUGAGAAUGUCAGCACCGCUGGCCUUCAUCAUGCUUCUGCCAGAUCAUUGUUGAAGACGAUUGACAACAACUUCGGUACUCUGGUCUUCUCGAGACGCUACCUCGAGCACAUGGGAGUCAAGAACUACCACCUCGGCAUGAGAUCCCUCGUCUCGAAUGGUAUCGUCGAUUGCUAUGCUCCUCUUGUGGAUGUUCCCAACUCGUACAUCGCACAAUUUGAGCAUACUGUUUUGCUCCGUCCUAAUUGCAAGGAAAUUGUUUCUCGAGGAGACGACUACUAAGGAGCUAUGGGUAUCUCUAACAAUAGAUUCGAGUAAAGGAUCUGUUUUCUGAAAUCGCAAGUAGGUUUCAACACCCUUUGCAAAGUGUAUCAAGCCGUUCAACACGUGCUGAAUGCUGGUGUUUUCUCAAAGGGCGAAGUCCGAAUAACAUACUUCUGCCAGCCAAUAAAUUUCUACCAUGCUUGAAUUGUCCAUGUUUUCAUGUGUAUGUGUGCAAUGAGAAUCCAUGAACUAGCUUUCCUACUGC